UUAAUAUAUUUUAUGUUUUGUUUUAUUUCUUGAUGUAGUUCAGAAUUUGAUGAUGGAUAGUGUGGGUUUUAAUAGUUGUACGUAUUUUGAUGUUGGACUGUAUUUUUUUCGAUGUUUAGUCAUAAUUCGCGUAAUAAAAAUAAAAAAUAAAAUAGUUGUUAACAUUUUGCGUAUUUAAAAAUAUAUGCAAUUUUUUUCGUGUGAAAUAAAUGUUAUUUCACCACAACCACGUAUUGCUGGUAUCGUGUAGCGACCUAGAAAAUUCUUAAUAUAAUAUUUUAUUCCGUUUGUCCUUUCGCUGUCAAGUGCAAAGCGAAGUGUUCAUAAUUGAUUGCCCAUAUAAAUCGAAAGUUUAGCUUUGAUGUAAAUGCAUAAAUAAUAAUAGCAAUAAAUGUAAGUAUUAAUACGUUCUUACUAAAUGUGUGAGACUAGAAGCAUAACUUUUUGAACACGGGAGACUGAUAGAAGUGUAUUUUGUUCUAAGUUUUAUUACAAAUGCGUUUCUGAAAAUGUUUUUGUACGCUGAUGACGCCGUUAUCGGCAUCAACGGUCCUAUGGACUACAAAUAUAUGAAAUGGCUUCGUUUUGUGCUUCGGAUCAUCAGUGGCUGGCCGGGCAAGGCUCUUGGAGAGAAAACCAUUAAGAUUGAGGGCAUGGGCCACGCGUACUAUAACACUAUACUGUCGCUUAUAUAUCUGGCUCUGGGUAUUGCUUUUAUAAAGAAGAAUGCCUACAGGUUCACGUUCUUGCAGCUAGGACAUCUGUAUAUUGUGUUGCUAAUGAAUAUGUUAUCUACAUCCAGGGCUUUGACUUUGUGUUUGUCCCAAAAAUACCGGAGUGUAGCGAAGAUUUUUAUCCAGAAAGUGCAUUUGUUUUACUAUAAAGAAAAGUCAGAUUAUGCGAUGGAGGUACACGUGCAGGUGCACAAACUGUCUCAUAUAUUCUCCAUUUAUCUCACUGGCAUGCUGUGGCUGACAGUUAUGCUGUUCAACUUGAUUCCUAUGUACAACAACUACAGCGCUGGGAACUUCAAGACGUUAGGUCCUCUGGUAAACACGACGUACGAACAUGCCGUCUAUUGCUUGUAUCCGUUCGAUUUUGAGACUACCUUUAAUGGGUACAUUGGAGGUCUGCUAAGCGGAUGGUAUGGAUCGAUCCUAUGCGGAAGCAGCGUUUGCAUGUUUGAUCUUUUCCUAUGUUUGAUGAUUUUUAAUCUCUACGGACACUUUAAAAUUUUGAUUCACAAUUUGGACAACUUUCCCCGCCCCGCAACGGCGGUGAGUAAUGAAGCUGGACAAAAUGACAACGCGAUUAUUGCAGGAGCUGAAAUGUACUCGGACUCUGAAUUAGAAAUUGUUACUGUAAAAUUGAAGGAGUGCAUUCAGUACCACAUGGUUAUUGUGGAUUUUACUGACCGCAUGUCAGAUGCAUUCGGAAUGGCCCUGUUCGUCUACUACAUGUUCCAUCAAGUUAGUGGAUGUCUGUUGCUCCUGGAAUGCUCGGAUGUGUCGGCUGCGGCACUCACACGUUACCUGCCUCUCACCAUUAUCUUGUUUGGAGAGCUGAUUUUACUUUCUAUUAUUUUCGAAACCAUCGGUUCUAUGAGUGAAAAACUAAAGGAUGCAGUAUACAACAUGCCGUGGGAGUAUAUGGAUACGAAAAACCGUAGAACUGUCCUGAUAUUCCUGAUCAGAGUUCAGGAGCCGAUUCACGUGAAAGCUGGAGGGUUGGUAAAUGUCGGCGUCACAACUAUGGCUUCGAUUCUGAAAACGUCAUUCUCCUACUUCGCAUUUCUUCGCACGUUUUAAAAAGAAAUAUUUUUUCAAGUUUCCUUUCAAGGUUUCCUGCAGUUAAUAAUUAUAGUGUUAUAAAAAUUGCACAGUAUUAUCCUUUGACUCAUUGACACGUCUUGUUAUAAUUCCACACCUAUCACUUUGAAGUAUAUUUUAUUGCGAAUAAAUGUAUU